AUGCCGGAGGCAGGUCACAGACUCAAGCACCUCAGCUACGCCCGAGGAAAGAGGAACACCAGCCCCGGCACUUCGUUGCUGAAGCUCGAGGGUGUGGACGACACAAACGCUGCCCGCUUCUACUGCGGCAAGCGCGUCGCAUACGUCUACCGCGCACAGAGGGAAAAGCAAGGCACCAAGAUAAGGGUCAUCUGGGGCAAGGUCCAGCGUCCUCAUGGCAACUCCGGUGUGGUCCGCGCGAAGUUCAGGUCCAACCUCCCCCCGAAGAGCUUUGGUGCGUCUGUGAGAGUCAUGUUGUAUCCGUCUUCGAUAUAG